AACAAAAUGGCGGCUAAAAAACGAAACUGGAAUAUUUUCGCCAAAAAACCCCAAUAAAACUACGCAUUGUCGUGUUUCGAUAAGUUUUUUGGUCAGAAUCAUGUCGGUGAAUGAUGGCCAGUUGGGUGCAGAGGCAGCUGCCAUCGAGGCUUACAACAGCAAGAUGGAAGAGAUGGAGCUGCCCACUGAUGACCCUGAUGAUCUGGCUGAAGCACACGUCAUCUUCCUUCAAUACGCCCUGCAUGCCUACUUCCAGACUUUGCUUGCGAAUGACGAAGCUCAGGUCCAAGAGCAUCAGAAAAAAGUACAGGAAGUCUUAAAGGAAAGACUUGCAUUCUAUCAGAGUGAGAACCGAAGGCUUUCAGUGGAAGCCUGCAGGAAAAAGCUCGCUGAGCUUCAUCUGGUAAUUGAUGCUAAUGUCAAGAGGGGGAAGUAUAAGAGAGCUGGAGGCAGGGAGAGUUACGAUGAUGAUGUGAAUGAAUUAAAGGAGGCUUACCAGUCUGCAGAUGGGCUUGGAGAAAUGAAAGAGGAAAUGCUUGCUGAGGUCUUCCAUCUAAAUAGGCAAACAGACACGAAGCAAGUCGUAGAAGAAAACGAGUCUCCAAAAACUGAAAUAGAUGCUGUGCGUGGCAUCAUGGAUGAGCUGAGAUCUCUGUUUGAGCAGUUUCAGGAGAAACCCGCUAUUUGGCAAAAUACAAGAAUGGACAACAUUUCAUGGCUCCGACAGCAGGCGUUUGAUUUAGAGAAGCAUAAGAAGAAUGUCAACAUUGCAACAGUUGCUGGGACCGGUAUUGGGAUGGCAGGAACCAUUAGUGGAAUUACCAUAAUCUCUGUGGCCUUGGCUCCUAUCACAUUCGGUGGGAGUUUAGCUCUCGGGCUUGGUCUGGGCGCAGCUGCUGUCAGUAUAGGUGGCGCUGCUACGGCUAUUGGAGCACAACAGAUUAAAAAACGUAAAAUCAACAAGGACGCCGAGGAGGAAGCGACAAGACGAUUAGACCAGGAUCUGUCCCUAUGGACUGAGUUACAUAUGUUAGUUCAGCGGAUACAGGUCCUGGGACCAGAUAUUGAGAAGAUGUGUGACCAAGCUGCUGCAGAGAUGCCUCAGGUUAGCAGUGAGCACUCCUCACCAGUCCACGAGAGCAGGCCAUGGUCACCCGACAGAUCAUUUAAGGACCUCGGCGCAGAGUUUGAGAGGGCUACGGAGGCUGUGAAAGAUGCCAGUGAGGAGAUCUCCCUAGCAGCCAAGGCUACCGCUGGUCCCUGGUCAAUCAUACGAACUGCGGCAGGGGUCGGAGAUGUCUUGGAUGCGGGCAAGGUGGCAGUGACAGCAGUCCGUGCCCUUGGAGGUGUUGCAAUCGCUCUCGGAGGUGUCAGCCUCAUCGUCGAUAUUGUCACGCUCGUCAAAACGGCCACGGAUAUGAAGGAGGGUAGUCGAUGUGAACUGGCGGAAAAGUAUCGUAAGGAGGCUGAUCGACUUGAGGCAGAGACGGACCGAAUCGUGGAGGAAUGCCGGAAAGUUGAGAAGUAUGUUGAAGAUGCGAAGUUAGCCCUCGGGUGGGCCUUAAAAGUGCAGAUUGUUAGUGGUAGGUAGACAAGGACCGGUUAGGGCGAUGUUGACCUGUUUGCACACCAGCUCAGAAGACACUUACAUGUACUUUUCAUAUUAAGGAUUUGGUUUAUAAACUGGCUGAACGUACGAAAUGUAGUCUUUGACAGUCAUGAAAACUUAAAAAGUGUGUUCAGCAUGUUAUGAAGUGGCAUCUUUAUAAAAUGGUUGAUGAAAACCCAUUACUUUCAACGCUGGUAUUUCACGUUAAAUGGGCUUGUUUGAGUGAAUGAGGGUAAUUGGGUGACACUUGCAUCAGAUUCCAUCUCCUUUUUAAAGUAUCAUACAUUAUUGGGACCAGUGUUGAAGAACAUGAAAUAGAAAACGGGUAAAGUUGAGUUUAGUGGUCACUGAUGAUCUGUAUGGAUACAUACAGUCCGAAUCACAAUAAAGAUCCCCAUGUUUGCAUAUAAGAUGUUAUGCAUGAUGUUCAUGCUAUGCUUUUAGCAGGGUUUUGCCUCCGAACUCUUCCAAGUGUCCUCUUCACUCGGUUUGGACUAGAAGAAAAUUAUGUUGGUCCAGAGAGUGUAUGUCCGUCCAUGUUUGGAGGUUUUCUGUAUAUUUUUAGUUUGUAAUAACAUUUGAUGUUCAUUCUGCCCAGAGUGAUUGCACAGAACUUGCAUCUGAAUUACAAUUUGCAAUGCCACUUGCAAUUGCAUAGAACUGUAAUAUCAGCUGUCAUUUAAGAAACUGUUUUGACCUGUGUACGGACUGCAUGACCUGGCUCUCAUAUUGCUGGUGGCUGUUGUGAGGUCAUGGCUGAUAUUAGGAUGUGUCAUGUGUGACAGGCCAAUGACAGUUCUGUAGAUUAUUUUGUAUACUUUAAAUUUCAUCAUGCGUUUGUAUGUUUCUGUUAUGUUAAAUAAAGGUGGUGGUGAAAUGAGAAAUCUGUUGAAAAAAAAUGACUGUGGACAUAGAUUGCAAACUUGCUUGCCUCCAUCUGUGGUGGUUUGUGUGAAUUAUAUUUGCUUCCUGUAUAUUAUUUGCCUUUUGCUUUUUUAAAGGGAAAGAGAUUCUUUUAUUUUAUUUCGGUUUUCAUUCCAUCAUGUACAGCUUGUAUCAAUAAAAUAUACAUAAAAUGAUAA